UUCAGAAAAUACACUUCUUUGCCGUAAGCCUCUCCAAUCUUCUCUCCAUCCUCUAAAGCAAGCCACGGAAUUCAAGCAAGGCCGAAGGGAGAAGAAGGAGCCGUGACCUAUUCCUCCACCAUCCACCAUUGAAGAUUGCUUUCAAGCUUCAAGAAUCCCAACGAAACUCAUCCAUUCUCAUCUUCCAUCCACGGUGUACCCUCAAUCCCCUGAUUAGAUCGAUCUCUACUUGCUUAUGCUACUAAUGAUAUUUAUAGGGUUAAAUUAUGCACUUGCUUCCAGCGACAUCACUAACUAUCAUCUCAAACUCCAGAAAAUGACUAGUAUCAGUAGUAUGCAGUACACAUAUUAAGGGAAUUUGCAGUCUUAUUUUGCAACAUGAUAAACAUGCCUUGUUAGUACGCAGGACAUUCCCGGACUACAGCUCUCAUACAAUUUGCUUCUAAAUAGCCAAACAAGCCAAAAAUGCAUGUAAAUGAAUGAUUAAGUAUAUUGGAGCCUUGCUUAUCCUGUCAAAGCUUGGUGGAUUUGGCUUCUCUUUUCAUUCUUUCGAAUUGUAAUAGUGACCGUUUUCCUCAAUUUCGUUUUUGUGAGCUGGUUUCUUCAUUAUAUGUUAUAGAGGUUUUAGCUUCGUCCCCCUUCUUAAAUUAGAAAUUAUACUAUUUUGGCAAUUACAAAGAUUAGUGAUGCAAUGAUCGUCACAUUUUUACCACCAACGGAACUUUGAUACUCCCCUUUUUAGGUUGUGUUUGAAAAAACUUAAAUUUAAAAUAACGGAUAAUGAACCAUUUGAUAAAACUAAAAACAACUGUUUUUUUAAGUAAUAAUUCUUUUCGAGUCAAAAGCAAAAAUGCUCUCCACCUCCCCUUUAUUUCAAAAGAAAGAAAAAGAAAUACAUAGGGGGGGGGGACGUAAAGCCUUGCCCCACAAAAACAAACGGAAAUCAAAGUUAACUCUAAUCCCAACUAAUGAAAACGAAAAUUGAGAAGACCCAAAUAAUCUUUAUUACAUAAAGAUGAAAGAAAAUCUAGAGGUAAAUGUCACCAAACCAAACCUACCGAAGAAUUGCCAAAAUUUACAUAAUCAUCUGCGUCUUUCGACCUAGCUUAUAAAAGCAACUUAUUUUUCAUUGAAGCAUUUUUACUCUUAAAUUUACCAAAUACUCUGACACACUUAUUCUCAUAUAAGCCAGCUUAUCACCAAACUGGUUUCCAAUAAGCAAUUUAGAAUCUUCGACCCUAAGUAUUCUCUUUUUAUUUAUUUAUUUUUGCGGACCCUCUUACUUUUGUGUACCCUCCUUUUGCGUCGGCAGAAUUAAAGGGCCGUAAGUUUGGAUUUCCCACCAAAUCUAAUCAUCAAGAAACGGCUAAUAAUUUCGCCGCUCUCUCUCGCUGUGAAGCCAGGGCUUCGUUUCUUGCUCAGCUAUGGCAGACCCUCACUAUGUGCAUCUUGACGAUGUAGAUCUACAGGAAGAGGAUGAAGAAGCCUCAGAAGAACCAUCCGUCAUCGGCGACGUUGGAGACUCAGAACAAGAAGACGAAGACGAACCAGACGCCCAAACGGAUCCCAAUUAUGCUCUCUAUCUUUCCAGAAUGGGACCCACUCACGAGGCCGAAGAAGCCGACUCGGAUUUUGAACGGCAUCUGGUCAGAACCGCUUGCUUUCUGAGCCGCGGCGGCUGCGGCGGUGACGGCAAGCGGAGGAGAAUCGGAAGGCAGGAAACGGCGGCGUUUGACACCGGAGAGAGCUCUCAGAGCAGUCAGUGGAAUCCGAGUGAAAUUGAUGGCCUGUUUUGCCCAAUUUGCUUGGAGGCUUGGACUAAUGACGGUGAUCACUACAUCUGCUGUCUUCCUUGUGGACACAUUUUCGGUAUGUCCUGCAUCGAAAAAUGGCUAGGCCAGAGUAAAAGACAGGGAAAGUGUCCUCAAUGCAAUGCCAAAUGCAAGUUGAAUGAUGUGAGGAAACUUUUCACGUCGCGAGUUAUUUCUGUUGACGAAGAAUCACAAAAGAGGAUUCGUUCACUUGAGGCUAAAUGUGCUUCUUUUGAGAAGGAGCGAGCAGAAUGGCAUAAGAGGGAGGCAGAAUUGCUAAAGGGACAGCAUGUACUAGAACUCAAAAUUCGACUACUUAUAGAGAGCAAAGCAUCAGGAUCAAUCAAUGCUACUGGGACCUUUGAAAGAAGAUUCGUAUCUGGUAAUAACAUCUUAGAGGGAAGGUCUUAUGGGCUAACAUUUGGCUCUAAUACCUGCGGACAAGCAUCUCCUUGCAGCUUCAAAUUAGAGAAGGAGUUACCUGUAGCUGGUGCUCAUUUGUUUGACGUUGAUGCAUCUAACCAAAUUUUGUUAAUUUCGCGAAGGCAUGCUGGGCUAGGUGGAAAAGAUGUGCUUACCAAAAUGAGCCUGAUACCUCCAUAUGACAGAGAUGAUAUUGUUCUUCCUAGCUCUUUAAAUUCUAUCAGGGACCUACGUCUUUCUCCUUCUAACACUAACCUUGCACUCUUUGCUUGCCUAGGGAAGAAAUUGGCAGUUCUCAGUACGGAGAACAACAACAUCAUUGUUUCCUAUGACAUACCGGCUGCUGCUUGGACAUGCUCAUGGGAUCUCAACGAUUCAAAUUAUAUGUAUGCUGGAUUGCAGAAUGGCUAUCUUCUGGUGUUUGACAUGCGCCAAACCUCAGGGCCUGUUGAAUCCCUGAAGGGGCUGACAAGAAACCCAAUUCAUACCGUGCAUUCCCUUUCAUAUAAUUCAGCUCUUCCCACUGGUGUUAGAACAGUGAUGUCCGCAUCGUCAAUUGGCUUAUGUCUCUGGAAUUUUGGUGGUGCUGCAAAGGGGCCAAUUUUGGUCCCUGAAACAGAGAACCAAGGAGUUUGUAUAUCUCUUGCAUAUUGCCAUAGAACAGAUGACAUUGUUGCUUCCUAUCGCCCCAAAGUCGAGUUUUCUGAUGAGGCAGUUCUUACACAACCAACUCCUUCACGUGCCAUCGGACAAGGAACAGUCGGUUCCCAUGUUCUUUUAAAGAGAGCAGGCAGCAGCAGUCAUUUUCUAAAGUUGGGAUCUUCAUCCGGCAACGUGUGUGAUAUCGGACUGCCAAAAUCUGCAAUUAUCAACAUAGAAAAUUGUGGCAGUUUGUUUGCAUCUGAAGAUAAACUAUCUUCUGAACUAGUUUUAGAAGAGCUGUCGUCUUUUACUACUGUUCAGCGCCUUAACUUACAGCGAAGUCCUGUUCAGGAUGUGAAGUACACAUCCUUCUUAAGGAAAGGUCUCCUCAGUUGUUUGAAUGGUAACACGCUGCAACUCUUCAGUACCAAGCUUUCAUGAAAUGAGUAGUCUUCAAUUAUCUGUGUUUGAGGUACUAUAGUUGCUGUAGUUGUAUCAUAUUAGCUGCUCAGGAUUAUUUUGAUCAUUCCGAUUGUUACAAUAGUGCGAUGGUCUAUAGGUAAUUUAUGAAAUUAACUGAAAAGGAAAUGGAGAUGACUAGAUGAGAAAGAUUUUCAUUUUCUA